AAAACCCAAUUUUCUCUCUCUCCUUCCCUCCUCCUCCUUCUCUCUCUCUAUCUCUCUGAAGUUUUCGUACGAACAGAGAUUUAUGAUCCUUUCAAAGUUUUGUGCUCAGAAAUCCCUUUAAAGUAAAGCUGCAACGACUAUUAUAAACGACGUUUCAAGUUUCAACCUACGCAUUCAAAGCUCUUGUUUGUUUGAUCCUCUCUGAUUUUCAUAUCCGAUUCUCCCGAUUUCAGCAUCCUUUUCUGUAGUUUCCUUGUAUUCUAUGAGAGCUUGUUGGCUUCUGAAACUCUCUCUCCUCCUACCAUGUUAGACGUUCCUGGUUCUGGUCGUGAUUCCGAGGUUAGUUUGGAGGCUCUCAGUUCAACCCAGCGUAGUUCCAUGAGCAGCGAAAGCAUUUGCAGCACCAGUUUCAGCCGUCUCUCCUUCGAGCUCCUCCCUGCUUCGCCUGAUAGCCUCUCUCUCAAGCCUCAUCGCUCGUCGGACUUCGAAUACUCCGCCAUACGCUCUGCCACGUUCCGCCGCAAGACUGGUCUCACCUUCCGCGACUUCCAUCUCCUCCGUCGCAUCGGUGCCGGUGACAUCGGAACGGUCUACCUCUGCCGGCUGCGCAACAACGGUGCCGCCGAUGACGAUCGGUUCGUCGCCGGCGCUGAGGACGACGUUGUUGUCGGCCGUGAGGAUGAUGGUUGCUGCCUCUACGCCAUGAAGGUGGUGGACAAAGACGCGGUGGCAUUGAAGAAGAAAUCUGAGAGGGCGGAGAUGGAGAGGAAGAUUUUGAAGAUGCUGGAUCAUCCUUUUCUCCCUACGCUUUACGCUGAGUUCGAGGCCUCACACUUCUCUUGCAUUGUCAUGGAGUUCUGUUCUGGUGGGGACUUGCACUCCCUACGCCAUAGACAGCCUCAGAAGCGAUUCCCUCUUUCCUCUGCAAGGUUUUAUGCUGCGGAAGUUCUCGUGGCAUUGGAGUACCUUCACAUGCUGGGAAUCAUAUACAGAGAUCUGAAACCUGAGAACGUGUUGGUUAGAUCCGACGGCCAUAUCAUGCUCUCCGAUUUUGAUCUCUCGAUGUGUUCAGACGCCAUCCCAGCCGUUGAAUCCUCUGACUUUUCUCCAGACCCUGCAUUCCCAGAUACCUUGCCGUAUACUGGCUCGCACUCUAGUCCCUUUUCGUGCCUCCCGAACCGGGUUUUCCGUUCCCGCAAGGUCCAAACCCUUCAGCCGAACCGACUUUUCGUGGCUGAGCCGGUAUCCGCUCGGUCAUGCUCCUUCGUAGGUACCCACGAGUACGUCUCCCCGGAAGUCGCCUCCGGCCACUCCCACGGCAACGCCGUCGACUGGUGGUCCUUUGGAAUAUUCAUCUACGAGCUUAUUUACGGGAGAACACCGUUCGCAGCCCCAUCAAACGAGGCUACACUCCGCGGCAUCAUCAAGAAGCCCCUGACCUUCCCUACCCCCACACCGUCCAGCACGCUUGAGAACCACGCGCGUGACCUCAUCUCCUCUUUGCUUCACAAAGACCCGACCCGGAGGCUUGGGUCAAAGCGGGGCGCAGCAGACGUGAAGAAGCACGCGUUCUUUAAAGGUCUGAACUUGGCGUUGAUACGGAUGAUGACGCCACCAGAGGUACCAGGUUCGAGGAGGCAGAAGACGUCGCCGUUAGGUCAGGUGAAGGGAACGGGAAGUAGGACUACUGGCAGGAGACAGCAGCUGCGUCCAACGGCGUCGUUUGACUACUUCUGACGAAUCAACCCGACGACGACCGGCGAAUUUUCCGCCACGUAUUCGUCAGGGCCCACCCUCCAGAUUUUGUACCUCGCGGGUGACGUAUUUGUAUAUUCGAGCUGUAAUCUCUGCUUUUUUGGAAGGAAAGCAAGUUCAUAUUUUAAUAUUCAA